AGCUCCAUAAUCUGCCAGACGUGCGAGAGUUGUUCAAGUGCACUUCUCAUUAAUUACAUUACUACUUUACUGUCUUUCUAGUGGGCGUUCCUGAGGAUAAUGUAUUGGACCUAGUACCUACGAGUUCGUGGUUGUCGCUUUCUGGUGUUUGAUUUACUGUAACAUUGCCGUUCUAUCCCAAUUUGUGUUGUGCCGCGAGUGCAUGCAUGUCCGUGGGAACUCAUCAUGAAUAGUAUUAUAAACUUGCGCUUUGCACUAGCACAUUUGCACUCAUGGAUCCGGCCUCCUCUGAACCACCUGUUAAUCCAUCAGAGUCGCGAUCAUUUCAAAGAUGGCUGCACAAAGCUGCCCAAGUAUCAGGUAUGGGGCUUACCGCAGACGAACGAGAACGUGACAGGGUUGAAGCGCAGCAUCGCCGCUGCGAGCAAUGGAAGACUGAACUCCUGAAUUACACUUUCAUAGGCCCUUCAGUUGUUUUCAUGCUAAAACAUCUGAAGUUGUCCGGGUGCCUGGUACCGUCCUCGAACAUCGUGUGUGCCCCAUGCGAUCUCACGCGUUCCGGAGGCUUCCAUCCUGCUGGAGCGAUUAUCCUUUGUCAGGGCCAUUUCGGAGACAAGAAGCACAUGGAAGAUACCCUCACACACGAGCUGGUACAUAUGUAUGAUCACUGCAAGUUCAAUGUUGACUGGAAAAACUUGAGACAUCAUGCAUGCAGCGAAAUCCGUGCUAACAGUUUAAGUGGUGACUGCCGAUAUAUGCGUGAGCUGGGAAGGGGAUUCGUGUCAUUUUCAAAACAACAUCAGGCUUGCGUGAGACGGCGUGCUAUACUUUCCGUCCGCGCGAAUCCCAUGUGCCCAGACGAGGCAGCGGCAGAGCGUGCGGUGAAUGAGGUCUGGGGGAGUUGCUUUAGCGAUACGCGACCGUUUGACGAGAUCUAUUAGCGGAUGGAAAGGGAAUACAUGGCCGUGAUCUAUUCUUGAACACAGCCGAAAGGCUGUUACGAUCGCAGCCUGACUGGAAAUCGGGAAAUUGUACGCCGCCAUCCGGUUAAACUCAUAAUUUCACCAAGGGAUUUUUUUCCCCGUGAGCAUUAUUGCUGGGGGGUUGACGACUUGUAAUGGAUAAUGUCUACUAUUACUGACUAGAAUCCAUAGUUGGGCAUACCUACCGAAUGAAAAACGCGGGAAUGAUGAGGCAAUGAUGAGAAUCCAGCGUGUUUGUGAAUCGUCGGCAUCGGAUGCUUUUGAACCAGACUGGUAAGCCGCGUGGGAAGACGCCUUACGGUUUAGUUCUGGCAUAAAAGCUGUUGUGCUUGCUUGGACUUUUCUUCAACUCU